UACUCGCAAGACUCGUACCCGGCGACGUAGAAAGUCGAAGAUGCGCGUACGAGGAUGAGGACGAGGGGCCUGUGCUCGCGGGGAUGGUCGUGACGGCUGAUGAGGAGGAUGCGGAGGAUGAAGAGGAAAAGGAAGAGAAGGACGAGAAGGAAGAGGAGGGAGAGGAACUGCGCAGGUGGCUCGAUCAUACCGGAAGCAUGCCCUACAACAACGCAUCACCAGAGGAAGGAAUACUAAACGACGGUGGACUCAGCGCCAAAUUAAAAUGCCCGGCCUCGAUCUCGCGGCUACGAGUGGAGAAGAUCGAGGGUGGUCUGAUGGUGGCCGGGGUCGUCGUGGCCGCCAACUGUCAAAUCGCUCUACCAGCCUUCGGCUUCCUCUUCGUCCUCGUGGGCGCCGUCCUCACCGCUGCCUCUUAUCGCGGCCCUGGCGAGGACGAGGACAAGGACUCUUACGCGGCUCGGAUAGCCUUUACCGGCAAUUCCCGCAUCCUCGGCCCAAUCUGUAUCGUCGUGGGCGCACUCAUGUUCGGCCUCGGGGCGCUCCUCUGUGCCCUGACGCGACGUGCCAGAAGACGGGAGCGACGUGUCGGCUUCCACUGUCCGCUUCAUGGUGACUUCUAUCCUCUAAGCCCGGCCCAGGGCGCCAAAAUGAUUGGUAAAAACGUCGGCGGCUGGACGAAGAUCCCCUGCUUCCGGGGUAGGGCCUCGCUGGGCAGCGACUCAAAGCUCGGCGCCCGCUCGGGUCCGCCUCAGUGCCCGCACUCGGUCCUCAGCAGCACCCGGAGCUCCGUAAGCAGCUCGCCCCUCAGUCCCUGUCCGACGCCGAUGCCCUUCCUCGUCACUUCGGGCUCCAUGAGCAGUGGAAUGGUGCAGAUUAGCGCAGGCACAAAUCUCUCGCCCGACCAGACCUUUGGAUCCAUUAGAUCGCUCUCUGUCACGAGGGAGGUUGCGAGUUUUCCACUUUCCCGGACGCCGACUCCACCGCCGCAACACAGAUCGCUGUCAAACUCGAUCUCGACCAAGCACGAGGAGACCAGCCCGGACAGCCAGAGCAGAGGGACGCCGAAGUCGGAGGUUCGGGACGUGAUAGCCGCGCAACGCCAGGACUCCCCGAGUCCAGCCGAGCGAGCCGCCCAGCCCAGUCGGAAGUCCGUGAGCAUCGUCCUCCCGGACGAGUCCCUCGGCUGA